AGGGACUGUUUGAUGUCAAAACCUCAUCCCAAUCUACGACCGUCAAACUUUCCGACAAUUCUGUUCUAGACCUCCCACUUGCUACGGAAUUCCUUGAUUAUUAUUGCCGCAAAUUCCAUUUCCAGUCUGCCGACAUUCAGUAUAACUCUCAUGGCAAUGUUUGGGAGUCUAUCAUGGCUAUUAACGGGCGUAAAGUUGGUGUCGGUGCCGGUCGGACUAAAAAGGAAUGUACGCAAGCUGUUUACUUGGAUGUGGUGCAGUACCUCGAAAAGUGCGACCCGGACCUUUGGAAAGAGUUCAUCGACAAGCACAGGACGGGUGACCACCUGGGUGAUGGGCCAAACGUCCCGUUCUAUAUGGAAAGGGACUUGAACGAUGACAUCCGGGACCUUUGUGUUGAUCUUGAACGUAGUACGCUGUAUCAGUCGAAAGCCGUCCGCCGUCGCUGCACCCAUCGUUCCGGUGAACACGGGUUAUCAAAGUAGGGUCACUUCCAGCGAUAAAUUGGCAGACAAAUCCUAUCUCUUGCAACAACGUCGGAAACGUUAUCUUGAGUCUCCCGAAAUGGAACAGCUACGUGCGACACGGAUGGCUCUUCCUUUACACCAGCGAGCAGAGGAAAUUCUUUCCACCGUUACUGCCAAUGACAUAUGCAUCUUUAUGGCGGCUACCGGUUCCGGUAAAACGACACAGAUCCCUCAGAUAAUCCUAGAUUCGUAUAUCGACCGAGGAGAAGGUGCGAAGUGUAAUAUUCUGUGCACUCAGCCUAGAAGGUUGGCAGCUUUGGGUGUCGCAGACAGGGUUGCUACGGAGAGAGGGGAGACGCUAGGAAAGACUGUUGGAUAUCAGGUCCGGUUCGAACACAAGCUCCCUGAAAAGGACGGAUCCAUUACGUUCCUCACCAUCGGAGUGUUCUUGAGGAAGAUGCAGUCUGUUCUCGCCGACCCCAACAACACUGACUUUGAUCACGUCACACACGUCCUUGUCGACGAAGUGCACGAGCGCGACGUUGAUACUGAUCUCCUCCUUGUCGUCCUCAAACGCCUUAUCGCAGAGAGAAAGGCCAAGGGUCACCCUAUCAAGGUUAUCUUGAUGAGUGCUACCAUCGACCCCACACUUUUCCAGAAUUACUUCCCCGACGAGAAUAACCAGCCUGCUAAAGCAAUCAGCAUUCCUGGACGCUCCUUCCCUGUCGAGAAGAAGUUUUUGGAUGAUUAUUUGCCGGCUAUCACUGAAGGCGACGAGCAAUGGGUGUUGACAGACCCUUCAGUCAAAAAGUUUUUGACUAAGGAGAAAGCUUUCAUGUCUCCUCAAUCUUCUCUCACAACUGAGGCAGAAAAGGAUGACGAUACGGACAUCCCUUUCCCUCUCAUCGCUGCUACUGUUUCGCAUAUCCUUCAGGAAUCUAGCGAAGGACACAUCCUCGUCUUUCUUCCAGGAUGGGAGGAGAUCAGUAGAGUCCAAAAACUACUGACCACGGGAAGAUGGAUCGUAGACUUCAGUGACUAUGAAAUCCAUCUUCUUCACUCCACGGUACCCCUUGAAGCCCAGCAGGCUAUCUUUAGGCCUCCCGCAAAACGAGGCACCCGACGGAUUAUCCUGACGACGAACAUUGCUGAGACAUCUGUCACAAUCCCGGACGUAGUCUACGUGGUUGAUUCUGCUAGGCUCAAAGAAAACCGUUACGAUCCCGAGAGACACAUGACCUCCCUUGUUACUUCUUGGAUUGGAUCGUCCAAUGUUAACCAACGUGCUGGACGUGCCGGACGACACCGACCGGGGACAUAUUAUGGCGUACUGAGUCGUGGUCAUUGCGAUGCGUUGAACACGUACCAAACAGUUGAGAUGGCACGGGUCGAUUUGACAAACGUCGUCAUGCAUGUCAAGGCGCUCAAUUUCCCCAAUAUGGAUGCUAAGUCUGUUCUUGGUGCUACCAUAGAACCUCCAGAUCCCCAGCGCAUUGACAUUGCAUUGGAGGCUCUUAGGGUCGCCGGAGCCAUAGAUACAGAGGAGAAUCUGACGGCACUCGGUCGAAUUCUUUUGCAGAUUCCUGUGGAUGUCCAUGUUGGCCGACUUGUUUUGUACGGCAGCUUCUUCCGCUGUCUCGAUGACGCCUUGACUCUAGCAGCCAUCCUGAGCAGUCGUGACCCAUGGCUGUCACCCAUGUUGAUGAAAGCAGAGGCGAGAAGAGCAAAGGCGUCUUGGCUACCACCUGAUUUCCGAUCGGACAUACUGGCGACAUGGAAUGCAUACAAUGCUUGGAAUAAACUGAUGUCGGAACGUCGUUUCAUUGAGGCUUCUCAGUUCUGCCAAGACAACUUCCUUUCGAGGUUAACUCUACUGAGCAUGCAAAAGCUUCGCUCUCAAAUCCUCAGCUCGCUUCGACAAGCUGGUGUUUUGAGUGCCACUGCUCAAGGCCCCCUUCGUGCCUACGCUGACGCGUUGCCUCCAGAACUCAAUGAGCAUAGUGGUUCACUCCCCAUUUUAGCGGCUCUAAUUACGGUAGCGUCACAGCCCAAAUUUGCCCUAGGCUUUGCUCCAGCUGCUCUUCGUACGCGUCGGGACAAGAAAGUAAUGAUGCAGCUGAAUAGCGUACAUACCGACAAGAGUAAUGCCUACCGAGGACCCAAACAAAUCUUCGCAUUUUUGGAGAAACGUUCCUCGACUGAUGGGGCGACAUUCCUUUCCAUGGCUACGGAACUCAACUACGCCACGUACAUUCUUUUUGGAGCACACAAGCUGGAGAUCACUCGUAACGCUCUUCGUUGCGACGACUGGAUACCCAUGAUAGGAGAUCUCUCUGCUUUGGAGGAUCUCAUGAGGUUGAAGCAGCUGUUGGAUGGCUGUAUGCUUCGGGUCUUUUCGGGUCUAGUUCUGGGUGGCCGUCAUGGUAGAGCGAUCGUGCGGCAGUCUGAGGGUGAGGACGAGGACGAGGCGGAAGAGAUCAUUCGUCCACUAUCCCAGGAGGAGACUCAGGAGUUAUCGUUCCUGAGUCGGGACGUUGUUAAAAUACUGACAAAGUAUCAUGCCGCCAGGCAACAGUUCAACAGCAAUUACAGACGGUAACCUCAUAGACACCACGUAUAAUGUUAUAAUUUUUAGUACAUUGUAAUAUCCCACCGCACCAAUCACACCUCAUGGUACCAUGCAUUCUACAACACUAGAGCCGAGCAAACGUUUC